CAUUUAAAAAGAAUAAGUCUGAGAAACCAAGGAAAGUAACAGUUUUUGUUUGUUGACAUAAGAAAAUCCAUAACUGUGAGUCAGCAACUUGGCCAUAGCUACCAAUUCUUCUUCACCCAUUUCUCAACAUUUCUAUUUGGAUUCCUUCAGUAAAUUUUGCUGCUAACCCGGUUGAGCACAGGCAAAAAGAUGGACAAUUGCUGCAUUUACAAAGACCCCAAUUCAUCAGUUGAAGAUCGCGUCAAAGACCUUCUUUCAAGAAUGACAGUGAAAGAAAAAAUUGCUCAAAUUACUCAAAUCGAGCGCACCAAUGCUUCUCCUUACUAUCUUCGAGACUUCGGCGUCGGGAGUUUGCUUAGUGCUGGUGGUAGUGCGCCCUUUGAGAAUGCAUUGUCAUCUGAUUGGGCGGAUAUGAUUGAUGGGUAUCAAAAGCUGGCACUGGAAUCGCGUCUAGGGAUUCCAAUUAUGUAUGGAGUUGAUGCUGUUCAUGGUAACAAUAAUGUGUAUGGUGCCACUAUUUUUCCUCACAAUGUAAGCCUUGGAGCUACCAGAGAUGUGGAUUUGAUACGAAGGAUCGGUGUUGCAACUUCUCUUGAAGUCAGGGCAAGUGGAGUUCAUUAUACUUUCGCUCCCUGUGUGGCCGUAAGCAGAGAUCCCAGAUGGGGAAGAUGUUACGAGAGUUAUAGUGAAGAUACUGAUAUAGUCAGGAAGAUGACUGCUAUUGUUACAGGAUUGCAGGGACAGCCCCCUGAAGGACACCGAAAUGGCUAUCCUUUCAUAGCUGGAAGAAACAAUGUUAUUGCAUGUGCUAAGCAUUUUGUUGGUGAUGGAGGCACCGACAAAGGAUUAAAUGAGGGAAAUACCAUAAUAUCAUACGAAGAUCUUGAGAGAAUCCACAUGGCACCCUAUCUGGACUGUAUUUCACAGGGUGUUUGCACAAUUAUGGCAUCCUAUUCUAGUUGGAAUGGGCUUAAUAUGCAUGCUCACCGUUUUCUUCUGACAGAAGUUUUAAAAGAUAAGUUAGGUUUUCAGGGCAUUGUGAUUUCUGACUGGGAAGGAUUAAACAGGCUUAGCCAACCCCAUGGCUCCAACUACCGUAACUGCAUUUCCUCUGCCAUUAAUGCUGGAAUUGAUAUGGUGAUGGUGGGUCUUAAACAUGAAAAAUUUGUGGAAGAUCUAAUGUUUCUCGUGGAAUCAGGGGAGAUACCCAUAGCCAGAAUUGAUGAUGCUGUUGAACGAAUAUUAAGAGUAAAAUUUGUUGCUGGUCUUUUCGAGUAUCCCUUCACUGAUAGAUCUUUACUAGAUAUGGUUGGUUGCAAGCUGCAUAGAGAGUUGGCACGUGAAGCAGUUCGCAAGUCAUUGGUUCUUUUAAAAAAUGGGAAGGAUCCAAAGAAACCUUUUCUUCCAUUAAAUAAAAAUGCUAAAAAGAUUCUUGUUGCUGGAACACAUGCUGAUAAUCUUGGAUAUCAGUGUGGAGGCUGGACAAAAACCUGGGAUGGAACAAGCGGCAGAAUUACCAUUGGGACAACAAUCUUGGAUGCUAUUAGAAACGCCGUGGGAGACAAUACAGAGGUAAGAUAUGAGGAAAAUCCCUCACCAAAGACCUUAGCAAGCCAAGAUUUUUCAUAUGCCAUUGUAGCUGUUGGUGAAAGUCCAUAUGCAGAAUUCAUUGGAGACAAUUCAGAACUUGUCAUCCCCUUCAAUGGAACUGACAUAAUUAGAUCAGUUGCCGACAGAAUCCCCACCUUGGCAAUUCUAAUAUCCGGAAGACCUCUAGUUUUGGGUGCAUCAGUUUUAGAAAAGAUAGAUGCUUUUGUUGCUGCUUGGUUGCCAGGAAGUGAAGGAGCAGGAAUCACAGAUGUUAUAUUUGGAGAUUUCAAUUUUAAAGGCCAACUUCCUGUUACAUGGUUUAAGAAUGUUGAACAGCUGCCAAUGAAUAAUGGAGCUAGUUCAUAUGAUCCUUUAUUUCCAUUCGGUUUCGGGUUGACAUACAACGAGGAGAGAUCUUUAGACCAAAGGAUAUGAAGAUCGAAGCGGGGUCCAUAGACUAUUAUUUCAGUAAGUUCCUCCCCCCAGGAUUACUCAUUUCACUCAUCAAGCUCAACAAGAAUAAAAUUAUUCCACAAGAAUCCACAUCCAUUACUUAUAAAUUAUGUCAACUCAAUUGUGCAUAUAUAUAGAACCUGCAAUGUUUUCGUCCAACUUGUUUCAUAGGGAUAAAUAAUCAACAUGGUAGUUGAAUAAGAAUAGUCAAGCUGGCAAUAUUCAGUUUGGUACCAGAGAUGCGUAGGAUCACAUCUUAUACAAAGAAUUAGAAUCUGCUGAUUUGAAAAAAGAAAAACUCAGAAGGCAAAGAAUUGCAGGAUCAGAUUCUUAACCAGAAUUAUUGGUACGUUCCUUUUAUUAUACCAUCUUUUUCUUGUCCAAAGAUGCCUCAAUUUGUGCUAAGUGUAGUCUAUUUAUUUGACUCGAAUGGGUAUGGACAAUAUUUGUGGUUGAAUUUAGAUAAGUUACUGUUGAGAUGAAUCAAUGCAUCUUCUGCUUUA